AUGGCGGACGGAAUUGACAGGCGAGCCGAUGACAAAAUGGAGUUUAACACCUCCAAGGAGGUCACCGUUGCUCCCACUUUCGAGGAUAUGCACCUGAAGGAAAGCCUUCUCCGUGGUAUCUACGCAUACGGAUACGAGUCCCCAUCAGCUGUUCAGUCCCGCGCGAUCGUCCAGAUCUGCAAAGGUCGCGAUACAAUCGCUCAAGCGCAGUCCGGUACCGGUAAAACGGCGACUUUCUCGAUCAGCGCUCUGCAAGUCAUUGAUACAGUUGUUCGCGAAACUCAAGCACUUGUUCUCUCUCCCACCCGUGAACUUGCGACUCAGAUUCAGUCGGUCAUCAUGGCCCUUGGUGACUACAUGAACGUUCAAUGUCACGCUUGUAUUGGAGGCACAAAUAUCGGUGAAGACAUUCGCAAGCUCGAUUACGGUCAACACGUUGUUUCUGGCACACCCGGCCGUGUCGCCGAUAUGAUCCGGAGACGUCACCUGCGCACGCGUCAUAUCAAGAUGUUGGUCCUUGAUGAAGCUGACGAACUCCUCAACCGCGGAUUUCGAGAACAGAUUUACGAUGUCUACCGUUAUCUCCCCCCAGCCACGCAAGUUGUUGUCGUAUCCGCUACGCUCCCCUACGAUGUGCUUGAUAUGACGACCAAAUUCAUGACAGACCCCGUCCGUGUCCUCGUCAAGCGUGAUGAAUUGACGCUCGAAGGCAUCAAGCAAUACUUCAUCGCUGUCGAGAAGGAAGAAUGGAAGUUCGAUACUCUAUGCGACUUGUACGAUACUUUAACUAUCACACAAGCCGUCAUCUUCUGCAACACCCGUAGAAAGGUCGACUGGCUCACGGACAAGAUGCGCGAAGCCAACUUCACAGUAUCAAGCAUGCAUGGAGAGAUGCCACAAAAGGAACGAGACAGCAUCAUGCAGGACUUCCGUCAGGGUAACUCGCGAGUGCUUAUCUCCACUGACGUUUGGGCGCGUGGUAUAGAUGUCCAGCAAGUUUCUCUUGUCAUCAACUACGAUCUCCCCACCAACCGUGAAAACUACAUCCACCGCAUCGGUCGAAGCGGUCGAUUCGGUCGCAAGGGUGUUGCUAUAAACUUUGUUACGAGUGAUGACGUGCGUAUCCUACGCGAUAUUGAAUUAUACUACUCUACGCAAAUUGACGAGAUGCCUAUGAAUGUUGCCGACCUCCUCUCUUAAACCACCUACCUGUCUACUAUGAUCUUAUUAUACCUCGCGCACUUUAAAAUGCUCUCAGCCAGCCAGUCAAUCUUAUUUUGAUCACAACUUUCCACACAUAUUAGUAAACGCACGAGCCGGGUCCGUCUAUGCAUCUAUCCAUGUCCACGCCAUACCCCGUGGCUAGGCAUAUAUUACUUCAGGACAGCAAGUAAAUGCUUGCAAAGGGAAAGCAAAGGCAGAGUGGAGGAAAAGGGAAUGUAAUCAGAUUGUCAUUAAAUUAUAGCGUAUCCUUUUGAUACCUCACCUUCAGCGACGUGACAAUAUGUGUGGCCACCUUAAUAGCGUGGAACACUAUAGCCUGUGCACUCAAUCCAAAUCAGAACAUAACCACCUCCUGACUAUGGAUUAAUGUUUGAUUGGAAUGAAUUAUCGCAAGUUUUUUUUCUUUCUUUUUUUUCAGAGGCUGCGCCUACGCAGGUAACACUACCUAAUAGGUAAAAGGAAACUCCCCGGCAAUCCGAGCGGAUAUGUCGAGACACCUAUCCAUAUCAAUUUAUAUAAAGUAGCCAACUCCCCAUAGGCCGAGCAAGUCUAGGUAUAGUCAGUUCAUGAAAAGAUAGAUGGACUUGCGUCUGUGCAUGCGUAGAAGCCAAAGAAUCAGAUAUUUGACGGAACACCAUAGAGAAUGACAAUGAAAGCCCAAAGCUCGGUUCACUAAAUACA